AUGUGUGCACAUUUGGCUCUUCCCCUCUACCAGCCGUACCCCGGCGGGUCUGGCAUGAGAUACCUGGAUCUGUACUGGAACUCGGUGGGAGAGGCAGGACAUGCCCCUGCUUCAGUUGGGCCAGCAGCAGCAGCGGCCAGUAGCAGUCCAUCUCCGGAGUCAGGAGAGAAGAGGCAGACUGCAGAUAUUUCUUCAUCUUCUUCCAGUUCUGGGAAUUUCAGCCAGUUCAUGCCAGACUUAGCCACCAGUCAACACUCAGCAUCCUCAUCCCCCCAGCCUACCACUAAGUCUCAAGAGGGCAGAGAAUAUGGCAUGGGGACAGUCAAGAAGGCCAAGAGCCGUACGGCCUUCUCCCAGGAGCAGCUGCAGACCCUGCACCAGCGGUUUCAGAACCAGAAGUACCUCAGCCCCCACCAGAUCCGGGAGCUGGCUGCUGCCCUCGGGCUCACCUACCAGCAGGUGAAGACUUGGUUCCAAAACCGGAGGAUGAAGCUGAAAAGGUGCCAGAAGCAUAUCUUGUGGACUGCUCGGGCUCAAUGCCUCACGCAAAAUAGCUUCCAGCCAAGUACUUACCUGGAUGUGUACCCAAAAUUCCACCAGGGCUACCCGAUUACUGCAGCCAGCAACAUCCAAACAAUGCCUACCCCCUGUCAACACUACAGAGCAGGGCAGAAUGCUUACACCAUUGUGACCAGCGAGGAUGGAGGAGUUUUUGGCAAAGGUGGAGGGACCUGCAGCAUCCAGCAGACAGUGGGCUUCAUUGCCCAGCACAAAGUAGACUUUUAUCAUAGCUAUCCUGGCAGUGUGGAAUAUUCAUGCACAAAGACAAGUGAUGGUUAUAACUUUCACCAGUCAGCCCCCAUGGGGGCACCAUUCCCAGCCACUGCUGGCCACCAUCUCUAUCAUUCCUAA